UAAGUUUAUUAUUACUAGGUGUUGUAUCUAUUUAUAGUACAAAGUGCGUACUUAAUCCUAAAAUCAACAAGAGGUAAGUGUGUAGUCAAUCAUGUUUGUAAUGAUAUGUACCAGAGCAAGGGAGAUGCGGUUUACUCGUGAACUGGCAUCCUCGUUAUCAUAUUAUUUGCGGCAACAAGCGUAGGUUGUGAAUGGGGCGGGGACUCCGCAAGCCCCACCCGCCGGUGCCACGCCUGUCGGGACCGUGCACGUUUCUCGCACUGGCCAACAUGCCACGGCCGUCGCGCGAUUCCUACGGCGAUCAGAAACCACCCUAUUCGUAUAUUUCUCUCACUGCAAUGGCGAUAUGGAGUUCGCCGGAGCGAAUGUUACCGUUGUCAGAGAUCUACCGGUUCAUCACUGACCGUUUCCCCUAUUACCGGUGCAAUACGCAACGCUGGCAGAACUCCUUGCGGCACAAUUUGUCGUUCAACGAUUGUUUUGUGAAAGUGCCUCGAAAUCCAGAUCGACCCGGUAAAGGAGCCUACUGGACAAUGCAUCCGCAAGCCUUCGAUAUGUUCGAAAACGGGUCAUUAUUGCGCCGCCGAAAACGUUUUAAGCUACACAAAGGAGAGAAAGAUACUUUGAAAUCUGAAUUGGCAGCCUUGGCAAAUUUUAACCGCACGUUUCUUGCGAGCCAGAGUCGAACGCCAUCGAAUCAAGUAGAUACGCAAAUAUUUGAUGAAUCCCCGAAGUGUGUUAAAAGUAAGCCCCUGAACUCAUUUACGAUAGACAGUAUACUUAGCAGUGGUGUUCAUUCAGGAAACAGUGAUGUUAAUAGCGUUCAAAGUUUCAGUGGUAGUAUCCCAGUUUACCCUCCAGAUUUAUUGGCUAUGGCUGCUAUGGUAUGGCAUCCUCCAUGUUUUCAAUCGCCUCCUCCUUUCCUCAUUCCAUUUCAAGAUUAUAGAGAUUUGCAAAAAAUAUUUUACACUCAAUUAUUACAACGAUAAAAACAAUUUCGGUGAUUUACAAUAGGUAAGCAGAAAUUCCGGUAAAAUAUACAAGCUGUGAAAAAAAAUAAAUGUAAAUUAAU